AUGGCACUUAUUUUCUCGCAGUAUGAAAGCUACAAAGUUUCGGAGAAACUCUGCAAAAAAGUGUGUAAGAAUAAUGAGCGCAAUCUUUUGGAUUAUCGUGAUUCGAAAAUUAUGACGAAAACAAUACAGGCAGCUCUGUCACCACUAUUGAUUGUCAGCUCAUUCUGCGGCUUGGGCUUCUUCGAAAAUCCUCUUGGACUCUCCAGGCCAUAUUUUACAUAUUUAUAUUUCUUUAUCACGUGGAGUCUUUACGCAUAUCUUUUUUACUACCUAGUUUCCACUAGUUACACUGCGUACCUAUUCGUAUCUUGGUUUAAUAUAAUUAUAAUAAUCACCGCAAUUGUGUCGAUGCUUGUCAGUCUCUUUUAUUUUAAGGAAUUAAAAAUAUGUUUACAUAAACUUUCCAUCAUGGAUGAUACAUUGGAAGUGCUCGGAACGCCGAAAGAAUAUCGACAGCUAUACAAUUGGGUAAUUGGAAUAAUAAUUGGAUGGAUUACAUUGAUUUUUCACAAUGCGUCUGACAGUUUGUGGUUGAACUACGAAUAUUUUAGUCUCGCUCGUAUCUGUGUUCCUUUUGUAGCAAAUCAUUUAAUUCAUGUCAAUACUCUCAAUAUUUUAAUGUGGAUAACUAUCCUAAGAUACAUUGGAUCCAGAUUUCAACGAAUCAACGAGCAUAUUCAUGAUAUGUUAGAAAAUGAGCGUACCAAAAAGCGAAAUAAAUUAACCUUGCAAUUAAUUAAUGAGCAAAGAAUAGAAGUCAAGGAAUAUGAGCAGUAUAUAUUGAUUUUAAGACACGUCCAUCUACAACUAUGCCUCAUAUCACGCGAGCUGAACAAAAUAUUCAGCAUAUCGAUGACGCUUCAAAUGGGAUGUUACUUUGUGUUAUUCGUGGAUGUGUGUCGUCAUAUUUACAGAUCAUAUAUUGAUAUAGAUACAGAUAUUGCUAUUGGACAAACUCUUGAUAACUUAUUUACCUGUGUAUGGAUAAUCGUACAUAACGCGAAAUUUCUCGCAUUAAAUCUGAUAUGUCAAACUAUCUGCAAUAAGACAAACGAGACCAUAGCAAUUCUUUACAAAUUAUUCUCUAAAAAUCCCGAAGAAGGCUUUCGAGAGCAGAUUCUACAAUUUAUACUGCAAAUAAAACAAAGAGAGCUAAAAUUUUCUGGUAUGGGAUUCUUCAACUUUGGUUAUAACUUCGUUCGAAAGUUCUAUGCAUCAGUUGUGACUGUUUUGGUGAUUAUAAUACAGAUGCAUAUUCCGAAUCCAUAUCAUGACAUUCCAUCUAACGAAGAUAAAUAA